AGCCCAGAUUUUUGCCUGUUACUUAGGAACUUUCUUUGCAAGUAUUACCUUGAUAGUUUUAACAUUUUCUUCUUUGAACCUAGUUAUAAAGGUAUUGUGCUGUUGUUCCUAGGCUUAGAGUCAUAAGGCCUGAGCUCACUUCCUCACUUUGCCUCUAUCUGGAACCUUAGACUAACUUCCUAGGAAAACGAGCUAUCUGAAAACAGAAUAGGGUGCCUCUUCAAUGCGCUCUUCACUGGAGAUGUUCAGGAGGAGGCUACUCCCACCUACACAGGGCGCAGUGGAGGGGCUGGGCCCCAGGGAGGCAGCGAGAAGAGUGGAAAGAGCGGAGGCUGUACUAUUGGACAGACCUGGGUUACCAGCCAUGUGACUAACCUUCCCUGGCCUCCAUAUCCCCCUCAGUAAUGAAGGAAUGUGUCAUACCCACAUCCGGGGACAGUUACAAGCAGUCAGUGAACAGAAAAUAUCUGGUACAGGUUCUAAGUGCUUAUUAUUCUAAGUCACUUCACUUAACCUGAGUUCUCAGUUUUCCUAUCUAUAAGAUAAGCAGGUUGGAUAAAAUGUUCUCCAAUAUACUCGUGGUCCUGAGAUGAUGUAAUUGUGGGCAGCCCUUUAAUCAUGGUAAAGAUGUCCAUCCUAAGCACACUGAAACUACAAAAUAGGAAUAUAAAUAUUUUCUCCAUUAAGUUAUGCUGGAUCCUAGAAGCAGAAACUGGACUUCUGUGAGACCCUACUUCACAGAAAACUUAAAAUUCCCAAGCAGAUGAAUGCUUCUCAGAAGGACACUGACAGUUACCUAUCUGGAAAGAAUCUAGAUGGAGGUGGCAUGGGCACUAAGCGGUGAGAUUAAACCCAGCUAGGGUAGCCCCACCAGCCUUGGAACCCACACAUCUGGAGAAUGUUGAUGCAGAGAGAAAGGUUCCUACUGGUGAGACCUGAAAGGGAUAUGUGGCAGGUGGGAGGAAGAAGUUCUGUCUGGAAACCAACCCUCGUUCUCCGUUAUUGAUUAACUCCUGGUACCAACAUGAGCCCUGGGUCUUACUGAGGCCAUAAGUCCCUAUGCCUCGUAGUGCCCAUGGAUGAGAUGAGGCCACACCUGCCCCCAGUGGGUUAACGUGUCUAGCGUGGGUAAGGCUCUUCGAGCACUAUGAUACACAGGAAAUGCCCAGUAACUGUUAGUUGGUUUGAUAUCUGUUCCCAUUGCUCACUUAAGCUCAGUGCCCCUUUACUGAUCCUUUUAUUCUGCCUCCCUCCGCACAUGUGCAUUGAGACUCCUAUCUGAGACACACACUGUGUUGGGUGCCCAGGGAUGCAGCAUAGAUGUUGCUGCCUUCCACAGAAGCGCUCAUGGUCUACUAGAGAAUAUAUCCCAUGGGAGAGAAAAACAGGAGAAUAUAGCAGGGGCCCUUGUCCUGGACUUUGGCAGUUAGGAAAGGGAGGGAAGAGACAUGGAGGCUGGGACCCAAAGGCUAAAUAGGAAUUUGCUGGGCCAAAGGGGAGGGAGAAUGAAAAGAGUGUUUCUGGCAGAGGACAUGGCAAGGAUAAAGGCCAGGAGGCGCAAGAGAAUAUGUGUUUGAGGAUCUGAAAGUUGAGUGCAGUGGGUCCAGUGUUCUCUACCCUGGCUGCCAUUAGAAUUACCUGGGAAACUUUUAGAAAAUUCCAAUAUCUGGGCCCUCCCUAAAACUAAAUCAUUCUUGGGUGGUGGGAUCUGGGCAUCAGGAUGGUUUAAAACCCUCCCCAGGUACUGUCAUAUGCAGCUGGGGUUAAUCUGUGCUGGGGUCUGAGUAUGGAUCUGUUAGGGCAAGUGGCAGUGAUGGAGUUGAGGCUGCAGAAUUCAGGCCAAAUAGAGAGGUUUUCAUCAGGAUAUUAAAGAGUUUAGAUUUCAGUUUGAUGGGAAUGGGUGGGAUCUUAUUUGCAUUUCAUGAAGAGCUCCCUGGUUGUAAUAUCAGAAUGGAUUGGAGAGGAGCAAGAUGGAAGCCUACAAUGAUUUGGGAGAAGUGGUGAGGGGCUUGAGACACAGGAAGUAGCCCCAUUCACUAAUAGUUGAGCAUGUAGAAUUGCCAGGACCUGGAAAUGGUUUGGCUGGUGGGGAGUGGGAAGAAAGGCCCAAAGUGUGAAAUGAAGAUGGAGAGCACAUUGCCUAGCCCAGAGUGAUUGCCGUUUGCUCUGUCCCAGUUGAGGUCCAAGGGGUUGACCAGAGAUCAUAGAGUCUGUGGCUCCAUGGGGAGAAGAACCUCUCAGCAUGCCUCCUUGUCUUAUCCUGGGUUAGUCAGAUUCAUUUUGUUAGAUUACAUUUUUUUUCCAGUGGAACUCUGCAUAAGUCCUGACCAGUGUGUUUUCAGAAGGAUCAGAGGGCCUGCCCUUGUCCAUUGGUGCAUGACACCAGCUUGGUGGGCUCCUUGCUGCCCCCUGUUUUCAUAGGGUUAUCGGAAUACCUUCUCUCCCUGCCAGCAGCAGGUCACACUGGCUCCUGACUUUUUGGCCCAUGGAACCACCAUCUUUCUGCUUCUCAGAUUGUGCCUUGUACUCCACUGAUCAUGGCCAGUACAUCAGAAGCCCUGGUUUGCAGUGAAUGCAUUUGGUAUGGAAAUCAGGAACCCUGGGGAUUCCACUCAUCAUAUUUGGUUGCUGUGUUUUUCCUCCAAUCUUUCACCAUAACAACAAUCAACUCAAAAGAUUUCUAUAACCACUUGUGUGGGGGUUUCUCCCCACCCACUAAACAAGCAGUCAGUUCCACAGUGGACAGCAGCUGGUCUCCUCCAAUUUAAUUCCAACACUGUCUACUUGGAGAUAGCAUUAGAUCUCACAGGUUGAGGGUGCAGUCCCCUAGACUGCCCCCAGUCUCCUGCUUCAGACACCAGUCACAAGUCCAGGACUCUAGAAGUUCUGACCAGUUUCAAGUUGGGGUUCCCACAACCUCCCACUUUAUUUUUGAUUAAUUUGCUGGAGUGGCUCAUAGAACUCAGGGAAACGCUUACUUAGUUUUCUGGAUUUAUUACAAAGAUUUAAAAAGAUACCAAUAAAUAGCCAAAUAAAGAGAUACACAGGGCUAGAUCUGGAAGGGUCUGGAGUGCAGGAGCUUCUGUCCCCAUAUACUUGGCUCCCAGCACAUGGAUGAGUUCUUGUUCAUUUUCCUGUCAGCCUCGACAUGUUCAGCUCUCCAGAACCCCACAAACUCUUGUCUUCUUGGGCCUUUUAUGGAGACAUCGUUAGGCAGGCAUGAUUGAAACAUGGACAACUGUGUCGAAAUAUGAUUGGACAUAAAGGGGUCUAAACUCAGUAAGGCCUGUUUGUUCAGAUUCUUCCUGGCCUCUCUGUGGCCAUUCUUUCCUCCAGGAUAUGGGGCAGGACCCCUAUGGAAUGAGGGUCUUGUGACCCACAAUCAGAUUAGAGUCCUGCCUUGGGCAAGUGAAAAGAAAGCAGGAGAAGACUUUGCUACCAGGACUUGCUGGCCCCUCUGGGGAGAUGGUUAAAUCCACAACAAGCCUGACCUCCUCUUCUACUUCUGGAAGUAGUGACAAGGUCUAUGCCCACCAGAUGGUUCGUACAGAUUCCCGGGAACAGAAGCUUGAUGCAUUUCUGCAGCCUCUGAGCACACCCCUGUCCAGUCAGCCCCAGGCCGUUGUCACAGAGGAUAAGACAGAUAUUUCUAGUGGCAGGGCUAUGCAGCAAGAUGAGGAGAUGCUUGAACUCCCAGCCCCAGCUGAAGUGGCUGCCAAAAAUCAGAGCUCGGAGGGGGAUACAACAAAGGGGACUUCAGAAAUGUCAGAGAAGAGAGGACCGACUUCCAGCAACCCCAGAAAGAGAUAUCGGGAAGAUUCUGAUGUGGAAAUGGUGGAAGAUGAUUCCCGAAAGGAAAUGACUGCAGCUUGUACCCCCCGGAGAAGGAUCAUUAACCUCACCAGUGUUUUGAGUCUCCAGGAAGAAAUUAAUGAGCGGGGACAUGAGGUUCUCCGGGAGAUGUUGCAUAACCACUCCUUCGUGGGCUGUGUGAAUCCUCAGUGGGCCUUGGCACAGCAUCAGACCAAGUUAUACCUUCUCAACACCACCAAGCUUAGUGAAGAACUGUUCUACCAGAUACUCAUUUAUGAUUUUGCCAAUUUUGGUGUUCUGAGGUUAUCGGAGCCAGCACCGCUCUUUGACCUCGCCAUGCUUGCCUUAGAUAGUCCAGAGAGUGGCUGGACAGAGGAAGAUGGUCCCAAAGAAGGACUUGCUGAAUACAUUGUUGAGUUUCUGAAGAAGAAGGCUGAGAUGCUUGCAGACUAUUUCUCUUUGGAAAUUGAUGAGGAAGGGAACCUGAUUGGAUUACCCCUUCUGAUUGACAACUAUGUGCCCCCUUUGGAGGGACUGCCUAUCUUCAUUCUUCGACUAGCCACUGAGGUGAAUUGGGAUGAAGAAAAGGAAUGUUUUGAAAGCCUCAGUAAAGAAUGUGCUAUGUUCUACUCCAUCCGGAAGCAGUACGUAUCUGAGGAGUCGACCCUCUCAGGCCAGCAGAGUGAAGUGCCUGGCUCCAUUCCAAACUCCUGGAAGUGGACUGUGGAACACAUUGUCUAUAAAGCCUUGCGCUCACACAUUCUGCCUCCUAAACAUUUCACAGAAGAUGGAAAUAUCCUGCAGCUUGCUAACCUGCCUGAUCUAUACAAAGUCUUCGAGAGGUGUUAAAUAUGGUCAUUUAUGCACUGUGGGAUGUGUUGUUGUAUUCCGAUACAAAGUGUUGUAUCAAAGUGUGGUAUACAAAGUGUACCAACAUAGGUGUUGGUAGCACUUAAGACUUACACUUGCCUUCUAACUGAUAGCAUUCCUUUAUACACAGUGGAUUGAUUAUAAAUAAAUAGUCAGAUGUGUCCUAA